AUGUCCCCUUCUGCUAUCACCAACUCGCCUCCCCAGCAGGCUGUCCAGCCUACUACUGUUCCCAUUGCCUCUUCCCUCGAUAAAGCCGACAACACCUUUGCGGUUCAGCCGCCCCCCAACUUCACCGGAUAUGACCACAUAACCUGGUGGGUUGGCAAUGCCAAGCAGGCUGCCUCCUAUUAUACCAACCUCUUUGGCUUCAAGCCCAUUGCCUACAAAGGUCUCGAGACUGGCAGCCGAUACUUUGCCUCAUAUGUAAUUGAGAACAAUGGAGUUCGCUUUGUCUUUACCUCGCCUCUGCGAUCUGAGGCUCACUUCCCCGAUGAUGAGCCCAUCUCCAAGUCAGACCGAAAGCUUCUUAAGGAGAUGUACGCUCAUCUCGAACGACAUGGUGACGCCGUAAAGGAUGUCGCCUUUGAGGUCGAGAACGUCGAGGGAGUCUACCACAAGGCUGUCCAGGAGGGUGCCGUCGCUGUCCAAGACCCCCAGGUCAGCAAGGACAAGGAGCACGGCGGUGUCUCGACAGCUGUCAUCUGCACAUAUGGUGACACCACCCAUACUCUCAUUUCUCGACAGAACUACACCGGACCUUUCCUCCCCGGUUACCGUGCCUGGAAGAAGCACAGUGCCACUGUGACUCUUCCCGAAGUUCCCCUGGUCCGCAUCGACCACUGUGUCGGAAACCAGUCUUGGAACGAGAUGGACUCGGCCUGUGCCUUCUACGAGCAGUGCCUUUCAUUCCACCGCUUUUGGUCUGUGGAUGACUCGCAGAUCUGCACUGAGUUCUCGGCUCUGAGCUCCGUUGUCAUGGCUUCUCCCAACAACGUUGUCAAGAUGCCCAUUAACGAGCCCGCUAUGGGCAAGAAGAAGUCUCAGAUUGAGGAGUAUGUCAUCUUCAACUCUGGUCCCGGUGUUCAGCACAUCGCCCUUCUUACCCAUGAUAUCAUCGCCUCUGUCACAGCUCUCCGUGCCCGUGGCGUUGACUUCAUCGACGUCCCCUCAACAUAUUACACCAACAUGCGCCAUCGUCUCAAGACUGAGCGCCGCAACUGGGAGCUCAAGGAAGAGUUUGAGACUCUUGAGCGUCUCAACAUCCUGAUCGACUACGAUGAGGGUGGCUAUCUGCUACAACUUUUCACCAAGCCUCUCAUGGACCGACCCACGGUCUUCAUUGAGAUCAUCCAGCGCGAGGAAUUCGAUGGUUUCGGCGCUGGUAACUUUAAGAGCUUGUUCGAGGCUAUCGAACGUGAGCAAGCUGAGCGUGGCAACCUGUAA